UCAAAAUACGUAAAAUAUUAAAGAAAAAUCCCCAUCCCGGCCAUCCUUUUUCUUUCUGUCUCAUCGUCGACCCUCAUAUCGCCGGGGUCUUAGUGCUGUCAAACCAUGCCUCAGCAAACCUCUAAGGUCGCUUUUUAAUGGCGAAUGCUAGCUCGUUAGCUAAAUGACCCCUCUCCCUCUCUGUCUGUGUCUCUCUCUGUCUUGGCUGGAGCUCGGCGGCCAGCUAGCAGCCAGCCUCAGUCGGAAAGCUCAAAAUAACCCGCGAUGAAACGCUGUCUCGGUGGAGCCGUGUCUCAGAUGGUUACCACAAAAUGCAGUAGAAGCGUGGUUAAAGCAGCGGUCUCCAUUCAUAGUGCAGGAUUCUCACAGCUUAGCUUAGCCUAGCUUCCCAGAUAACAAGCUAAAAUGUCUGGAGCUCGUCAGCUUGUGUCAAACGAUGCUGCAUGAGUUAAUCCCGGUAUGGGGGACAUGAAGACCCCAGAUUUCGAUGACCUGUUGGCAGCCUUUGAUAUUCCCGACAUAGAUGCCAAAGAGGCCAUCCAGUCUGCCCCAGAUGAGGCAGAGGCGCCCCAUGGAGCUGCAGGUGCACCUCUCGGAAAGCCGGAUAGCGUGGUGGGCGUUGGGUCGUCUUUGAGACCGCCGAGCCCCUCGGACCCCCAGGCGGACACCUCGAUUGUGAGCGUGAUUGUUAAAAAUAAAGUCCGUCUCGAGCCCGUCGACGGAGGAGACGGAGACGCAGACCAGGACCCUAUUGAUGUGAUCGCAGGUGUAGAUUUGGGUCCUCGACUCGGUGGGUGUGCUCCUGGGAUGGCUGAAUCUGAAGCUCUCAACCAUAAUGGCUUUGGGGCAUCUGGCGUCUCCACGCCGCUUCCCCUCAGCCAGGCUCAGUCUAACGGUGCGCCGUGGUCCAUGAACACUCCUAAGGUUUCUUCAGAAGCAGCAGGUGCCAGCACCACAAAGUCACACAAGCAGGGUGGCAACAUUUUCAACAGACUUAAGCCCCUGGUGUCGCAGGGGUCCGGAGACCCAGUGGGACGAGCCAGAAAGAUGCAGCUCCUACAGCAGCAGCACCAACAGCAGCAGGAUACAGGUCAAGAGAGAGCAGAUGGGGUCAAAGCAUCAUUACCGUCAUCUUCCUCGCUAUCAGCUGGCUCGUCUCCUCUGGCUGCCGGUGGUCCCGUCGGACUGGCUUCACCGUUCUUUCCACCUUCUAAGCCUUUUAACGGAGCUCCCAAAGGUGGGCCUGCUGGAUUUCAGCACCAGCAGAUGGAGGAGGAUGAUUCUGAUCCUGAUUUGGGGAGUCCUCUGGUGAUCCAGGAGACCCCAGACUCUCCGUCUUGCACGCAGCUGAGCCGACGUUACAAAUCCGACUCAACGCAGCCCACGUCCUCUACGGCGUCCCAACCGAAACCUGGGGACACUCCAUCGGGAACGUCUCUGACGUCCUCCACCCCCCAGUCUGGUUCAACAGAGAGUCCUCAGGUGGAGGACAGGCACCCGGAGCACGUCAUAGAAGAGAGAGACUCGCCAGAGAGUCCUGAACCAGAGAUGCCAAAGUCAACGGCCCAGGUCCCGGCAAAGAGGUGCUCCAGCCCCGCGGUGGCCGCAACUCCUCCUCCCUCUGAACUGCGGGAGCCCAAAGAGGAGGAGGAGGAGAUGGAGGUGGGGAAUGGGAUCGACAGAGUUGUUGAUGGCAAAGCUGACAAGGGAGAAAACGUGAGAACAAGUGAGGAAAAUAUGGAAGUGAGCGAUGGCAAGCCUAAACCCCCGUCAUCAACCGAUGUAGGGGAGGCAGGCAUCGCUGUAUCUGCUGCUACUGGAACCCCAUCCCGACCUCUCAAAGUCAGAAUAAAAACAAUUAAAACCUCCACAGGUGGCAUCACCAGAACUGUUACAAGGGUAGCACCUAAAGGUGGUGCUGCGGGGAAAGGCUUGGACCCCAAAGGUCAAACCGGGGAACGUAAGGUCAUGGGAAACAAGGCCCAAAAGCUCGAGGCGUCUCCCGGUCACAUGACAACAAGUUCUCAGAAAGUAAGCGCUCUCAAUGCUUUGCCCGUGUCCACGCUCGCAGCCAGCAGCGUCAUGCUAGCUGCUGCCACCAAGGUCCAAAACAAAAUGGCUGCAUCCGACAAGGCUAAGGUUUCCGCCACCGCCGUUAGCAUCACAAAGUCUGCUGCCCUGCCUGCAACUCCCGCCGUGUCGUCCUCACCGAAGAUCUCAGUCGCUGCUAGCGGGAUCAGCGUGCGCACCGCCACAAACAAAACCGCUAACGGAGGUAGCGGCACCAUCAUACCGGGAACCCUCCAGCCAAACAAGCCCGCCUCCAUCGUCAACAGUACGGGAGCAGUCAUCUCCCGGAGUCAGUCGAGCCUGGUCGAGGCCUUUAACAAAAUUCUGAACAGCAAAAACCUUUUGCCGAGCUACAAGCCCGACCUCUCAGCCCCUCCGCCGCCCGAGUGGGGUCUUCCUCUCCCGGCCACGGGGUACCGCUGCCUGGAGUGCGGAGACGCAUUCGCCCUGGAGCGCAGCCUGGCACGACACUACGACCGGCGAUCGCUUCGCAUUGAGGUGACCUGCAACCACUGUGCUAAGAGGCUGGCCUUCUUCAAUAAGUGCAGCCUGCUGCUACAUGCCCGGGAGCAUAAGGAGCGUGGACUGGUCAUGCAGUGCUCGCAUCUGGUCAUGAGGCCCGUCACGGUGGAGCAGAUGAUUGGACAGCAGGACAUAACCCCAAUAGGUGGCCUGAUCUCCUCUUCGUCCUCCUCUCCUCCAGUCUCCUCUCCCGCUGCCACGCCCGGGGGUCCCGCCGUCUCCGCCAACUCCAGCCCGAUGAAGGACGCCUCGUCUCCAGCAGCUGGUCAGGCUCGACCCGUGCGCCGUGCGCCGCAGGGCCCUCAAGCGCUCAUGCCUCUGCCCUGCAAGAAGGCGGAAGGGCUGCAGUACAGCAACUUCAAAUGUCCAGAGUGCCAAACACAAUUCUCGGGCAAGGCUGAGCUGGUCACCCACUUCCAGCAGAUCAGAGCUGCGUCCAAUUCGACGUGUACGCAGUGCUCGCCUCCCAUGAUGCUCCCCAACUCGUGCGCCGUGUCCGCCCACCAGAGGAUCCACAAACACAAAGCGCCUCAUGUCUGUCCCGAGUGUGGCGGAAUCGCACGGCAGGCCAGCUUUCAGACCCACCUGGAGGAGGCUUGUCUGCACUUUGCCAGGCGCAUUGGCUACAGGUGCUCGAGCUGCCAGGUUGUGUUCGGAGGGUUGAACUCCAUCAAGUCCCACAUCCAGACAGCUCACUGCGAGGUCUUCCACAAGUGCCCCAGCUGCCCCAUGGCCUUCAAGUCUUCCCCCAGCGCCCAGAGUCACAUCAGCACCCAGCACCCGACGCUCACUGGAGGACAGGCCAAAAUGAUCUACAAGUGUGUUAUGUGCGAUACGGUUUUCACCCAGAAACCCUUGCUGUACAUGCACUUCGACACACAUUUAGCCAAGCAGAAAGUUCACGUGUUCAAGUGUCCCGACUGCACCAAGCUCUACGCCCAGAAAGGUUCCAUGAUGGAGCACAUCAAGACUGCUCACCGAGGCCCCUCCGCCAAACUGGAGUCUCAGUCCGACUCCUCCAACGCUGCCUCAGCCCCGGCCAACACAUCCGGCCCCUCCGGUCCCAAGUCCAAGUCCUCUGGAAAGCCGGACAACUCAGACGGAGAGGACUGGGGCCGGGAACAGGAGGAGGAGGAAGAAGAGGAGGAAGAGGAGGACGAUGACGACGACGACUACGAAGCCCCGGGGAGUCACUCCACCGGCACAGGGGCCGCCAGUCAACCGAGCGCCCAGACCGAGUGGACCUGCCCUCAGUGUCAGUCCACCUUCACCGACAAUGAUGAAUAUCUGAGUCACGUGAAGAUGGAGCACGGCAAGUUCCCCUGUCGUAUUUGUGGAGGUACGUUCAGCACAUCUUCCAGCCUGAGACGUCACGAGCGGGUCAUUCACGAGGGCAACAAAAGAGUCUUCCAUUGCCAAUAUUGCACAGAAGGCAAACGCACCUUUGGCAGUCGGUUCUUACUGGACAAACAUGUCCGUCUCCAUCACAGAAGCACAGAUGGGCAGGGCCCUCCCUUGACCAGGAAGCGUGCAUCUACAGGAGGAGAAGGACCGGGCAGCUCCUCAGAACAAGACGGCGAAGUCGGGCCUCCCGCAAGCAGAGCAGCAGGAGACGAGGAGGAGAACACCACGGAGGACGGCGGGGGUCCUGCAAAGAGAACCAGGGCGUCCGUGACGCCGGCGUCGUUGGCGGCCGGCGAGUUAGAGGAGGAAGACAACGUUUUCCGCUGCGUCCCCUGCGGCUUCUCCACAGAGGACGGGGCGGAGUUCCAGCGGCACAUCCCCCAGCACCGGGGGGACACCGCCUCCUUCCAGUGCCUGCAGUGCGGCGUGUGCUUCGCGUCGGCCGGCUCUCUCAGCAGGCACCGCUUCAUCACCCACCGGGUGCGGGAUAACCAGGGCGACGCGGACCGCGGCACGCCCCGCGCCCACGGCUCUCCGGACGGCUCCCCCGCCGGCUCCCCCCAGGCGCUGGGCGAGGACGGCGAGGGGAAUCUGGGCUGCAAGGUGUGCGGCCGACGUUUCGACAAGGCGUCGGACCUCAACACCCACUUCAGGACCCAUGGCAUGGCCUUCCUCACCGCACACAAGACAGACAAGCCCCAGUAGAAGAAGAAGAGGAGGUGGAGGAGGAGGAUGGGACUGAUUGAGGAGAGAGGCUGUAGAAUAUGAAUGUUGAUGAAACACAGCUGCCCUUGUGCAGUUGCUUUUUUUUUUUUUUUUUUUAGACACAACAAACCGUUUUACUCUCUACUGUGCGAUUGUAAUUGCAUGUUUGAUCACGUUACUGACCCCACCUGUGAUAGACUCUUACGUAGAACAGCCCCUCCUCUCCCAAGUAAAGCAUUUAUAUUUCAGCCACUCUGUGUCUAAUACAUCCUGUCCUCACAUUUCAACCGCUCUCACUCUGCACUGACCGUAGCCACCUGCCUGAUCCUUAACACGCAUACACACAUAUCUCCCACUGUGCUCCACGCGGCCGUCGUUCCCAUAUUUUGUACAUUGCUCCUCAUACUCACGCUUGUUUGCCUCAAAAGUCCAAAAGUCAGUUUCAAGAGUUUCAGAAGCUGGUACAACUCACCUCGAGACAAAAAAAAAAGAAAGAAAGAAAGAAAAAAAGCAUGAAGAGGAGCGUCAGGAGACUUUGACACUGAUUUUUAUGUUGCUAUAAUAUUUAUUUAUACGAAAACGCAUCACUGCUGUUGGUAUUUGUGAGUCGGUUGCGUCAAAUCUUAACUAGACAUGGUGCAAUUUUGCCGCAGACGGAGACGAGAGUUUCUUGACGGCACUAGGUCAGGAGUCGGACGGUUACCGGAGGUCUGUAACCUGUGUAGUGUGAAUAAUGUGUGACGUUGUUAAUCGUUUAACUAGAAGAAGAAGAAGAGGAAGAGAGGUCAGGCUUCCUGCCAGUAGUGUAUGUGUACUGAGUUUUGCCAUGUAAAUACAUAUAAUUACACUAAAAGAAAGCGUUCUGGUUUUAGUAACUUGCUAUGAUAAUGUGAAUACGUAUAGUAUUUGUACUUGUACCGUUCCCUUUUUUUCCAAAACGAUUUGAAGUCUAAAAGUAAAAAAAAAAAAAAAAAAAAAAGAAGAAAAAGAAAUCUACCCCACGCAAAGUAUGCUGUACAUUGUAAUUACAAAGCAGAGGGAGGUUGUGUUGUCUUAAUGUGUAUGAAAACAAAUGUUUAUCUCCUUGAGACGGUUCUUUUUUUAUCUACAGAAUCAGUGCUUGCUGUACUCACAUAUUUCUUUUGUACGUUUCAAAACCAGCCCUCGCGCUUGUCGUGUGACGGAGGCCUACGAGUGGGGGUUAUUUUUUCUUUCUUUUUUCUUUUUUUUUUUUGGUUUUUGUUUGUAUCUUUUUUAUAUGUCAUAUCAUAUUUAUAUAGAUCAAUAGUGGAAAGUUCAUGUCAUUUUCUUUUCCAUGGUUGUGGUCUGCUUGCUGAAAUGCCAUACACUUUUGUGCUGUUUGGAAAUAAAUGUGGAAAAAACAAA